AUGAAACCCUCCUCCUACUCAUUCACAUCAAUCCAAAUCCUUCAGUUUUCCUUCCUAACUCUCUUAACAGCCCUUCUCGUGUUUCACUUCCUCUUAUCCAACACUCCCUUCACCUACAUCCUCACCAUCUUCCUACAAAACAUCCACCUCUCUGUAACAUGCGCCUGCUGCACACUCAUAUCUCUAUAUUUCUUCAUCUCUAACCGUCCAUCUCCCAUUUUCCUCGUCGACUUUUCAUGUUACAAACCUGACGUCGACCGGAAAUGUUCAUUCGAAGUCUGCGAAUACUUCUUACGCCGCAGUGCACGUUUCACAAAUGAAAGUGAAAAUUUCAUGCGUGGAAUAUACAGAAAAUCGGGGCUAGGUGAUGAGACCUACGUACCUCCUUUCAUUUUUAAAUGUAACGUUGAAUCCACUCUAGACUACGCCGUCCAAGAAGCUGAAGAAGGUAUGUUCUCAUCCGUUGAUUCAAUUUUCAGCAAAACUAAACUGGACCCACAGCAGAUUGAUGUCUUGAUUGUGACAUCUGGCACUUUUACAUCCGUCCCUUCGCUUUCGUCGAUGCUGGUCAACCGGUAUAAUCUCCGUCCGGAUAUAAAAACGUUUAAUCUCUCCGGUAUGGGGUGUAGUUCCGGUGUAUUGUGUGUUGAUUCAGCUGCUAACGUGCUUCGAGGUUGUACAAAAUCUAAAUACGCAUUAGUUGUGAUCACCGAGAGUAUCUCAUUGAAUUGGUAUUUUGGUGAUGACCGUUCCAUGCUUGUGACGAAUUGUAUUUUUCGCGUUGGAUGUGCGGCUGCGAUUAUCACAAAUGAUCCGAGUCAACGCCGGUUUUCGAAAAUGGAACUCGUUAACUCGCUUAGAACUCACCAUGGAGCUGAUGACUCUGCAUAUAAGGCAGCUUUUCAAAAGGAAGAUGAGUUCGGUAACCUUGGAAUAUCACUUACUAAAGAUCUGAUACGCGUAGCUGGUGCGAACUUACGAGACCAUAUAAGACUACUAGCACCUCGGGUUCUUCCAUUGAUUCAACUCGCUUUGUAUGCUUACUCGGUUAUUCAGUCGGUUUUAUCUCAGGGUGAGUUGAAACCCAUUGUUCCCGAUUUUACAACAGCUUUUGAUCAUAUCUGUAUACAUACGGGAGGGAAAGCAGUGAUCGAGCAAGUGAGUAGGGUUUUGAAACUUGGUGAGGAAGUGACUGAGCCGGCAAGAAUGAGUUUGCACCGAUUCGGGAAUACUUCAAGUAGUUUGGUGUUUUAUGAGUUGGCUUAUUUUGAAGCCAAAGGAAGGGUGAAAAGAGGUGAUAAAAUGUGGAUGUUGGCAUUUGGAACUGGUUUCAAAGUGUGUAGUAUUGUGUUUAAAUCACUUGGAGAUUCUCCCAACAACGAUGAUGAAAUCGAAAUGGAUAAUCCAUGGAGAGAUUGCAUCCACAGAUACCCAACAAAAACUUGGUGA